CCUGCUCCAUCAGGAUCUCGUUUUUUUCUUGUAGUGUUAGUGUUUUUCUGUUUGGCCUAAAUAAUAUGUUUUGAUAUUUUUAAUCACUAUAAAUGUCGAAAACAAUGAAUAUAAUUAUUAUUUAAUAAUAAUAAAGUUGUAUUUAUGKCGAGCACUUGGGUAAUUUACGAAAAAUGAAUUUCGACCGUUAACAUUAACUCCUAGUAAUUUUUAUUCUGAGUAAYUCUUUUUUAAUUGAGCGAGUUAUAAGUAUGAAAACUACUGAUAAGGAGUGGGACGUGGAAAAAGGUUUGCCGAGAGGAGUCGCUGCAGGUCUGAGCGGCGGCGGCGACGACGACGACGACGACGACGACCAUCACCUCGGCGGCUGCAACCCGAACGCCCUAAAAGCCGACAAUUGUUGCGACAACGCUGUCACGGAGGUGAUCGACGGCGUUCACGGCAAACAGCAACAGCAGCAGCGAAUCGGCGGCGGUGACGACAGUAAAAGUACUACCGGUGGUGGCGGCUCCGGCGGUGGCAGAGUACGCGGAGUGGUGUGUGCUGCGGUAAAAGUCAUCGUCGUCGCAGCAGCGUUCACUGUGACGUGCGCGUUUGUAUGGUACACUAUGGGCCUGCCGUUCCUGUUGCAAGUCGUCGUGGUAGCGACCAUCGCGUUUGUCGCCAGCGGUGGUUAUAAAUUCGUCUACCUGGUGUACCGCACCGCACCCAGGGACUUAAGAGCGCUAUUUCGUUAUUACUAUUUUUUGUACACUGCGAAGAAACUGGGCAAGAAAAACUGGACCGUUGCAGAUGUAUUCAAACACAAGGUUGUAAAGAAUACUCCUCACAAAGUGUUGUUUGUGUUUGAAGACAAAGAAUGGACUGCUCUGCAGGUUGAAGAAUACAGUAACAAAGUGGCCAAUGUUAUGUUGGACAGAGGUUUCAAGAAGGGCGAUGUAGUUGGGCUGCUGAUGGAAAACCGACCAGAGUUUGUGGGCAUUUGGUUGGGCAUGUCCAAAGUGGGUAUUGUAAGCGCGUUGAUCAACUACAACCAGAGAAUGGUGUCGCUGGUCCACUCCAUCAAAGUUGCCAACUGUACCAGUUUGAUUUAUGGGGCUGAAUUGUCAUCGAACAUUGACGAUAUCAAAGGCGAACUGGACAACGAUAUUAAAUUGUUUAAAUUUUCGAGUACUACACCGCCCGUCAACGACGGUACCUACUUGAACCACUUUCUGGAUAAAGCGUCUCCGUCCGCGCCAAACCCGCCAGAAAAACCGGGUUACAACGACAAAUUGUUGUACAUUUACACUUCCGGUACCACCGGUUACCCGAAAGCAGCCAUCAUAACCAACGUCAGAUAUAUUUUCAUCGCCGGUGCUUAUGCGUAUCAAGUGGGACUUAAGUACAGUGAUCGAUUUUACACACCAAUGCCGCUGUACCACACCGCUGCCGGUAUAAUGUGUAUCGGCCAAUCGCUUCUUUACGGCUGUACCACAGUCAUACGAAAAAAGUUUUCCGCUUCUGGGUACUUCCAAGACAUUUCCAAGUACAACUGUACCGCAGCUCAGUACAUCGGUGAAAUGUGUCGCUAUAUUUUGGCCACUCCGCCUAAAGCUGAUGAUACAAACCACAAGUUGAGAAUCAUAUUCGGAAAUGGUCUAAAACCCCAGAUAUGGAAAGAAUUCGUGUCUAGAUUUAACGUACCGCGAGUCGCAGAGUUCUACGGAUCAACGGAGGGAAACGCAAACAUUGCCAAUACAGACAACACAUUCGGAGCUAUUGGCUUCGUAUCCAGACUGAUACCCAGCAUAUAUCCAAUAUCGAUUAUACGGGUAAACCCAGAGACGUGUGAACCCAUCCGAAAUGCUGACGGACUUUGCACUCGUUGCAACCCAGGUGAACCGGGUGUGAUUGUUGGAAAAAUUAUCUCGACCAACCCAUCUAGACAGUUUUUGGGCUACGUCAACAACGAGGAGUCUAAGAAGAAAAUUGUGCGUGACGUGUUCGAUAAGGGAGACGCUGCCUUUCUAUCUGGUGAUUUGCUCGUUUCGGACGAAUGGGGUUACCUGUACUUCAAAGAUAGAACCGGGGACACAUUCAGAUGGAAAGGUGAAAAUGUAUCUACUGCUGAAGUCGAAGGAGUUGUUAGUAAUAUUGCCGGUUAUCGUGAUUGUGUUGUUUAUGGAGUAGAGGUGCCUAAUUCUGAGGGUCGUGCUGGUAUGGCUGCUAUUGUGGAUAAGGAUAAUACUUUGGAUGUAUCCACUUUAUCAGAUGGAUUACAAAAAGCUCUGCCAAGCUAUGCACGGCCAUUGUUCAUUAGAAAACUCAAUGAAGUUGAAAUGACUGGUACAUAUAAAUUGAAAAAAUUAGACUUACAAAAAGAUGGAUAUGAUAUUGACCGGAUUAAGGAUCAAGUGUAUUACUGCAAUAGCAAGGGCAUUUAUCAAGAAUUGACUAUCGAAGCAUACACAGAUAUUAUAUCAGGAAAAAUAAGAUUGUAAAAAUAGUUGGAAUAGUAGGUAUAGGUUAUGUUUUAUAUUUAUUGUCUUAUUACAAGUUUUUAUCUUGCCAAUUUAAUGACUAUAAAUGUACAUUAAUAAUAGUAUUUAUAUUAAUAUAUAUUAUAACUAAUUUAUAUUAGUAUUGUAA